CACAUAUUUUAAAAAUUACAUGGGUCAAGAUCAGGGUUCAGUAUAAAACUAGUGUGUGAAAUCAGUAAUUGUAGAACUGAUAAAAAUUAUUAACCAUCCCUUUUCAGUUGUUCCUAUCUAACCUCUCAAUACGAUAAUCCAAAUGUUUGUUGCUGUUUAUUGAUGGAGAGCCAAAGUAGCAUGCAAACAAGGCUUCUGACCUAAAACUGUGCAGCUUGCUCAUUCAGGAGCACCACUGUCUUCAAAAUAUUUGGACAAAGACUGUUGGUGAGAAGAACUGGCAGCUACUCACCAGGUGGGGAUUAGAGGCAACAAAGGCUCACAACCUCAGGGCUUAUACAGGAGGUCUCCUAUAAUGUCCUACUUUCUAGAGGAAUUCCCUGCUAAUGAGGAAGCCAGUUGGCUGUUUACCUAGUGCCAUCUGGAGACCUGGAAGUGUCACAGAAGUUUCUUAGGCUUUUUAGAUGUUGACUUUGUGGACUUGCCUACUGACAGGUGGUGACCUUCACUGGGUUCAGUGCAGGGAACGAUGGCGUUGGGUUUGACUCCUUCCAGCAUUCAGGCAGAAAUGCCAUUCAACCCCUUCCCACACCUAUUGCCUGUUUAAUGGCCACUUGGCCUCUUCACUGCCAUUUGGUGGCAUCCACUCCCCCCAGACUUCUUUCUCCUACUUAGGAGUUCCAAAUCAGAUCUUCUUGCCCAAUCUGGCUCCAUUCUGCAUGUGCCCAUUUGAUGAUGAAACAGGGUCAACUUGGAUUUCUAAGGGUGAAGACAAAAUACCCCCGACACUACCUUCCAGUAGUUGUUUUAAACCUUUACUGGUUUGAAGGACUUGUUAUCCUAGUUAAUAGAUAGGACAUUACCAUAAUCCAAGAAAUUAGAGUCUUGUAUAUAAAGCCCAACUCUAGUUUGUCAUUAGUGGCCGUGAAGUCAUGUGGAAACCUAAAAGCAAGUUUAGUUCAUAUUUUGCUUAAAUAUUUUAAAUGAAAAAAUAUUCUACUGGGUGGGAUGCUGAAAAAUCUCUACACAUUGAUGUGUUUUACUUCUUGAUUAGGGUAAUUUUGCUUGCAUAAAAAGGUCUUUGAAAUGCCUCAUGGUAAUAGAACUUUUUAUGUCUAUAAGUCAAAAUGGCUCAGUUCUGACAAUUUUUACAUUUAAGGUACAAUUUGGGAGUGGGUUUCAAAUAUCUCUUGAUUAUUCUUCUAAAUUAUUUGGUCAUAUGUUUUUAAUUGGCAAAAAAUAACCAGACUUCAAAAAUUGGUCAUUUUUAUUCCAUCCAAGUUACUGGUGAGUGGCUUAUUUAAUAAAAACAUGUCUGUAAUUUAACACAAAUAGCACAUACAGCUGUUCAUUUGUCAAUCUUUUUGCCUGCACGAAGCAUCUUAAAACAGUUUUGCUGAAGGAUAGGGUCACCAAGAGGGGAAAUCUGUCAUUUUAAAUAAUUCUUCCCCUAAGGCAAUCGCAUCACCAGCCACUAGGUUAGGUGAGGUGGGUGCUGGCACAAGCGUCCUUCAUGGCUAGACGAGGGAUAUUGAGAAAGCUGAGAGAAUCGUGAUCUUUUGUUUUUUUCUGAGCUGAAAGCUACCAGCGAGAAGAUUAACUUCAUUCCUACGGAGAAACGAUUGUCCGAAAGCACAGAGCCAAUUGGUAACGACGCGGGCCGCUCACACCGGGCUCCUGGUCCCGAGAGCUCCGAGCCACAACCGCUGCUGCCAGCCUUCGCCCACGUGUGCAUCAGGGUGUUGUAAAGUGAGUCAUGCCGACAAAACAAGGCGGGAAAGUCCAGCCUUGAUCUUCAGGAGCAGCGUUCUCGGGGGCCGGAGCCAGAGGAGGCGCCCGGAGAAGGGCGCCCUCGACUCGGUGGGAGCCCUGCGGGCCCCCGGUCCUUGCCGGGAGCAUCUUCACCUCGCUCCCCUUCCUCCGAAGUUGCGGAGGUGCCGGGAAGAGGAGGGGCCUCGCCUCGGGCGCCCGAGUGAUUGGCUGCCCGGGGCCCUUGGCGAGGGCUGUGUGGUCCAGCCCGGGUGGAGAGGGGCGGAGCGGCCACUGCUCCAACCACCGCCACCACCGCCACAGUCGCAGCCGCUGCAGCCUCGGCCGCCGGGCAAGUAGCUCCGAUCCGCGGCUUCCUGAGCGCCCCGACGCGGACCGCGGCGCCGCGCUCUGCUCGCCCCGCGCCCGAGCCAUGCGCGGCCGCCGUGCGUAAUCGCCGCGCCGCCACCGACCUGACCCUCGCGCGCGGUCCCUGACCCGAGAGGAGCUUCCCGGACACGCAGCUCCCGCGGGCUCCGUCGGCCCCUCGCAGCCAUGCCCCGGGCGACUGCUCUCGGGGUCCCGGUGCCACUGUUGCCGCCUCUCCUGCUGCUGCUAGCGCCGCUGCCCCGCGGCGCCGGGGGGCUCGCGGAGCUCUCGGACGCCGCCCCGGACUAUUCGGCGCUGGAAGGCGAGGAGGGCGCGGAGCAGCAGCUGGAGCAUUACCACGACCCGUGCAAAGCCGCUGUCUUUUGGGGAGACAUUGCCUUAGAUGAAGAGGAUCUGAAGUUAUUUCACAUCGACAAAGCCAGAGACUGGAUCAAGCAGUCGGGAGAGGAAGGGGGACAUAGCACAGGUGGACUGGAGGAACAGCCAUCUGAGGGCUGGGAGAAUGCAACAGCUGCCAACACCAGCAGUGAGGAAGCUAGCAAGGAUGGCGAGGACAAUGCCAUGCUCCUGCACAGCCCCCGGACCUCGGAUGCCCUAGCUGAGACCUUUUCUCCACGCGUCCGAAGAGCCACAACCUCGAGGACAGAGAGAAUAUGGCCUGGAGGGGUCAUCCCCUACGUCAUCGGUGGGAACUUCACUGGAAGCCAGAGGGCCAUUUUCAAGCAGGCCAUGAGACACUGGGAGAAGCACACCUGUGUGACCUUCGUAGAAAGGACUGAUGAGGAGAGCUUCAUUGUAUUCAGUUACAGAACCUGUGGCUGUUGUUCCUAUGUUGGGCGCCGAGGAGGAGGCCCACAGGCCAUAUCCAUUGGGAAAAACUGUGACAAGUUUGGCAUUGUGGCGCACGAGUUGGGCCAUGUGGUUGGGUUCUGGCAUGAACACACCCGGCCAGAUAGAGACCAGCAUGUCACCAUCAUCAGAGAGAACAUCCAACCAGGUCAGGAGUAUAAUUUCUUAAAAAUGGAAGCUGGGGAAGUGAGCUCUCUGGGAGAGACCUACGACUUUGACAGCAUCAUGCACUACGCCCGGAACACCUUCUCAAGAGGAGUUUUCUUAGACACCAUCCUCCCCCGCAGAGACGACAAUGGCAUCAGGCCAACCAUUGGCCAGCGCGUGCGGCUCAGUCAGGGAGACAUCGCUCAAGCCAGGAAGCUGUACAAAUGCCCAGCAUGUGGGGAGACCCUGCAGGACACAACAGGAAACUUUUCUGCACCUGGUUUCCCAAAUGGCUACCCUUCUUACUCCCACUGUGUCUGGAGGAUAUCGGUCACACCAGGGGAAAAGAUCGUCCUGAACUUCACAUCCAUGGAUUUGUUUAAAAGCCGCCUGUGCUGGUAUGACUAUGUGGAGGUCCGGGAUGGUUACUGGAGAAAAGCCCCCUUAUUGGGUAGGUUUUGUGGCAAUAAAGUCCCGGAGCCCCUCACCUCCACGGACAGCCGGCUCUGGGUGGAGUUCCGGAGCAGCAGCAGCAUCUUGGGCAAGGGUUUCUUCGCGGUGUACGAAGCUACGUGUGGGGGAGACAUUAACAAAGACGCUGGUCAGAUUCAAUCUCCCAACUACCCCGAUGACUACAGACCUUCCAAGGAAUGUGUUUGGAGGAUUACGGUUUCAGAAGGGUUUCACGUGGGACUUACCUUCCAAGCUUUUGAGAUCGAAAGGCAUGACAGCUGUGCCUACGACUACCUGGAGAUCCGCGAUGGCCCCACGGAGGAUAGCGCCCUGAUUGGCCAUUUUUGUGGCUAUGAGAAGCCAGAAGAUGUGAGAUCGAGCUCCCACAGAAUGUGGAUGAAGUUUGUGUCCGACGGCUCUAUCAAUAAAGCGGGCUUUGCAGCCAAUUUUUUCAAGGAGGUGGACGAGUGUUCCUGGCCAGAUCACGGCGGGUGUGAGCAGGGCUGUGUGAACACUCUGGGCAGCUACAAGUGCUCCUGUGAUCCUGGCUACGAGCUGGCCGCCGACAAGAAGACGUGUGAAGUGGCCUGUGGUGGUUUUAUUACCAAGCUGAACGGGACCAUCACCAGCCCGGGGUGGCCGAAGGAGUACCCCACCAACAAGAACUGCGUCUGGCAGGUGGUGGCCCCUGCCCAGUACAGGAUCUCCCUUCAGUUUGAAGUGUUUGAGCUGGAAGGCAAUGACGUCUGCAAGUAUGACUUUGUGGAGGUCCGCAGCGGCCUGUCCCCUGAUGCCAGGCUGCACGGCAAGUUCUGUGGCUCUGAGAUGCCCGAGGUCAUCACCUCCCAGAGCAACAACAUGCGUGUGGAGUUCAAGUCAGACAACACGGUCUCCAAGCGUGGCUUCAGAGCCCACUUCUUCUCAGACAAGGACGAGUGUGCCAAGGACAACGGCGGGUGCCAGCACGAGUGUGUCAACACGUCCGGGAGCUACCUGUGCCGCUGCAGGAACGGGUACCGGCUCCAUGAGAACGGGCACGACUGCAAGGAAGCCGGCUGUGCCCACAGGAUCAGCAGUGCGGAGGGGACCCUGGCAAGCCCCAACUGGCCUGACAAGUACCCCAGCCGGAGGGAGUGUACCUGGAACAUCUCUUCCACUGCGGGCCACCGGGUGAAACUUACAUUUAACGAGUUUGAGAUCGAGCAGCACCAAGAAUGUGCUUACGACCACCUGGAGCUGUACGACGGGCCUGACAACCAGGCCCCCCUCCUUGGCCGCUUCUGCGGCAGCAAGAAACCGGACCCCGUGGUGGCUUCAGGCAGCAGCCUGUUUCUCAGGUUCUAUUCAGAUGCGUCUGUGCAGAGGAAAGGCUUCCAGGCAACUCACAGCACAGAGUGCGGGGGCAGGCUGAAGGCUGAAGUGCAGACCAAAGAGCUGUAUUCCCACGCCCAGUUUGGGGACAACAACUACCCGAGCCAUGCCCGCUGCGACUGGGUGAUUGUGGCCGAGGACGGCUACGGCGUCGAGCUGAUCUUCCGGACCUUUGAGGUGGAGGAGGAGGCCGACUGUGGGUACGACUACAUGGAGGCCUACGACGGCUACGACAGCACCGCGCCCAGGCUCGGCCGCUUCUGCGGCUCUGGGCCACUGGAAGAGAUCUACUCUGCAGGAGAUUCUCUGAUGAUUCAGUUCCACACAGAUGACACCAUCAACAAGAAAGGCUUUCAUGCCCGAUACACCAGCACCAAGUUCCAGGAUGCCCUGCACAUGAAGAAAUGACAUCAGUGUUCAUGAAAGACGGGAACUGAGAAUGUGUUUUAUGACAAUAGCACCUUGUGAAUCUGCCCUAAACCAAUGUAGAGUUGUUGUGUUUUUUUGUUUUUUGUUUUUUUUUUCUUCUCAAACAAGAACUCAAAAUCUAGUCUUGGAGGUAUGUAUCUGGUAAGGUUCAGCCAAGAAGGAGGAGGGAAGAUGUUUGAUUCUGGUCAUAAUGUUAUCAAUCAUGGACUUUGAGAGAAGAUUAAGGUUUUGAAAUCACCUGCCACUCAAGCUAUGCCUGGUCAUACUCAUUCUCCUGUCCCUUUCUCCUGUGGGGCAAGAUGCCCGCCCUUGGGUUGGUCAUGCCUCUAUUUCUAGACAUGCUUUGCCAGGUGCCAGGCAAUGUGACUGUGUCCUGGAGACUCAGGCUGUCUUCUGUCCACACUGAGCAGUGAGGAUAAAUGCUGGGCCAUGGCUGUUUUGUGACUCACAGCUUUGGCUGGAGAUUUUCGCUUUCUGUCUGCCAGGGACAUGUCAACCAGGAACCCUGAGAAUACAGAUCUCAGGCCUGGAAAAGAACUUAUAGGAGGCAGUGCACAGAGGGACCUGGAGUGUGAGCAUCACUUUCACCACACUGGUAGACCUCAAGCCUUCCCUCUAAGUCU